ACUUAAUUUCGUACACUAUUUGUUGUACAAUGCGAUACAUGUGAUAAUAAAGCGUUUCUUCGCGUCAUUUUAAUUAUUUAAUAAAAUAUUUAAAAUAAUUCAAUUACAAAAUGGUCUUUGUUAUAAUAAUUAAUUGUAAUAUAUUAUUAAUACGUAGUUAGCCGGCUACAUACUUCUACAUCAUAUUAUCUACGUUGUAUACUUUUCUGUAAUAUUUAGUCGGAAUACAAUAUCAUCAUAUUUUUACAGUUGCUAGAAUAUGGAAUCGUUUAAAACGUUUAUGGAUAUUUUUGAAAGAGCUGUUAAAGAAAGAAACAGCACAAAUUUAACGGAAAUUUUGAAAGACAGUAAAAGAUACUUUCAAAAUAUAGCGAAAGAUGAUAGUGAAUUGAUGCUAUCUAUAUUAUUUGAUGAAAAGAAAGGUUUACUUUCUUUUCUUAAUCAUGAACUUGGGAAGUACAAACCUGAGAAAGGUUUUGAUACGGCAGUUAAAGAAGCAUUUCAUCUCCUGGAAUUUAUCAUAGAACAGUUCUGUGAUAUAUUUAUACCAUAUAUAGUUGGAACAAAGAAUGUAUGCCAACAGGCACUUAAAACACGUUGUUCAGCACUUAUUCAAAAUGCUGCUUGCAGUACAUUUAAUAAGUUGAUAGCAAGUUUUGAGGAAUAUGAAAUUGAAUUAGAUAAAACUGUAAAAGAAUUUGUAUCCUUAUUUCAUUUUGUUAACAUUAAAGAAAGAAGCUUAUUAUUUUCUGUACUUGGAACAAUCGCAAAACAUUGUCCAGAAGUUUUAAAGGCACAAGAAUAUCAUACAAUUUUCCAGCAGUUAAGGAAUGAUUUCAUCAAGCAGUAUAAUCCACAAACUAUGUCCCAUUCACUUGAUAUAUUUCAAGUAUAUUUGGAUGCUCUUUCAAAUAUAUUGACAAGGCUUACAAAAAAUAUAGAAAAAAGGCAUUAUAAGGAACUAUACACAUGGGUCAAAGAAUUAAGCAAUCCACAAAAAUACUCAGUUAAAAAAGUUUCAAUGAGAUCUGCAAUUAAUUUGUUGUCCAGACAUAUAGAUUUGUUUGGUGAUCUUGUUUAUUGCGAUUACAAAUACUGGUAUGAUUUAUUGACAAAUGUGGCUCAAGAUAAAAAUGUAAAAUGUAGUCAAUGUGGACAAUAUGCUUUAAGAAAAUUUUACAGAGUAAUUGGACACAUCUUAAAAAACAAAUCAUCUGAGGAUGAUAAAAAAAUAUUCUUGUAUUUUAAAAAUCUUUUUGAGGAACAAUUAAGGAGCAGUCAUCAUGUAAAUUCAAAUAUGCUAUGUUAUAUUAUAUAUGGAUUUAGUCAAAUAGCUGCACCAUGUAAGAUAUAUCUUACUAAUAAUGAUGUGAAAAAUAUGUUUUCUUUGAUAGCUAAUUGUGCUAUGCCACUCUGUUCAAGGGAUGAUAUAGAAAAAAUACACUUGGAAAGUAUUUGUAAUUAUCAAGAAGCUCUUUCAGAAAUAAUAUUACAUACAUCUGAUCUUUCAAUUGAUCAAAUUAAUAUAAUCACAAAACUUAGUAUUCUUUUAAUUAAGAGAUUUCCUGAAUUCCCUGUAUCUAACCAGAAUUUUGCUAUAUCCUUAUUGAUAAAUACGAUUAUUAAUAUUAUGACAAUUAAUAGAAAUCUGUUAGAUGAAUUUUUAUAUAAUUUAAUUUAUAAUGGAGUAGUGUGGACCUGUUCGCAUACUUUAUUUGUUGAUGCUGAAUUACAACGAGGAUUGAAUAAUCUGCUAGAACGACCACUGUGUUAUAAAGAUUAUUUGCCUUUGUGGCUACAACUUUUAGAUCAAAACAAAUAUAGCAAAGAUUUCAAAUAUAGCGGAGAAACUGUACAAUAUGUAAUUGAUUCAACUAUGCAUGUGGGGACUGCAUUAAUCGACAAAUUAAAUUUGGGCACAAAAGCGAAAGAAGAUAAUAUAUUUUCAGAUGCAGCCUUUUCUCAAAUUGCUGAAAAUGAAGCAGAUUUUCGAACGUUCGUUAAUAUCGCAGAUUUAUACGUCGAUAUAAUUAAUAGCUUAGACACCUCUUUAUUCACAAAUACAAUACACAAAUUCUUAUUAAAAGUUAUUAGUAAAUCUCACAAAAAUCAUUUAGUGUCGGGUUUUUAUAAAUUAGUACACGCAAUAUCUAAACAUAUUUGUGAGUUAAAUAGCGAUGAGAUUGAAACAGAAACAUUAGAAAUGUUAAAUAAGUAUAUAAUGAACGUAUUGAAUUUGAUUCCUACGUUUUCCGAUGAAUUGUUAACUACAUGCGUCUACUUAAUUUUGGAUAUACCAAUGUUAUAUGUAGAAAAGAUACUGAACAGUACAAUUCCAACAUUUAAAAUUGCCUUUACAGUUGGUAUAAGUGACUUUGAAUUAGCUUGUAAAGCUUUGAACACAUUAGAAAAAUGGACAAAUCAUUUUGAUAAUCAAAUCACAGCUAUGUUUUUACAAGAAAUAGUACCAUUUUUGGAACCAUAUUUACACAGUGGUGAAAGUUCUGUAGAAUUUCUACAAGAUAUCAUAAAAACCGAGCGAAAAGUUAUUAAACGAAUAAUAUUAAGAGACGAUGAGAACACUUUAGAAAGAUUUCAGAUGAGAGUUUUGUUGUUUAUCGCUUCGCUUGAUACAAAUAUAAUAAUGGAUUUCAUAUAUAAAAAAUCUAUGAACACAGGAGCUACUUGGGACAAGAAAGACUUACUCAAAUACUCAUUGACCUUUACUGAUACACAAGUGGAUAUCCAUUUUGAUAAAAUUUUGCCCAGAAUAAUAUUAUUGGCUCAAAAUUCUGGGGAUAGACGGACGAAGGUAAUUGCCUGUGAAGUACUUCAUUCGAUAGUAAUGUACGUUCUUGGCAAAACAUCACAAUACUUAGUAUCUAAUCCAGAUCGAUUCGUUUCUCUCUACACAAUGUUAUGUCCAGCCUUACUAAAUUUGGGCUGUGAUUACGAAGAAGCAGCGAGACAAAUUUUUUAUCCUUUAAUGCUACAGCUAACUCACUGGUUAAGCUCGAAAUUUAUGCUCGAAUCUCUACCUACUACAUAUUUUCUGGAUUUACUGUUCAAAGGUCUAUGUGAUGAAGCCAAUUCGUCUCUUAGAGAAUUUUCUGGAAUAUGCUUGGGCGAAUUUAUUAAAUGGUCCAUAAAACAGUCUGAUAAUGCUGCAAUAAGUCAGUCGAAUAUUUAUAAAGUCAUAAAUAAAAUAACGAAUUUUGCUCUGCAUCCUUCUACCUCUAAACGAAUAGCAGGCGCAACGGCUUUUAAUCAUAUUUAUAGCAUUCUACGUGAAGAUGAGAAAAUUGUAUCUAUAUAUUGGUUGGAAAUUUUAUACAGUUUCAUUAAAAGCUUGAAUGGUUGUAGUGACCCAUCAAUCAUUAAUGCUCUUAAUCAUGUUGAGAGAGUUCUAAUAGCAAAGAAAAAUCUGUUAAACGCAGAACAUCAUAAUCGUAGGAAACCUUAUGAAUUUGAAGGUUCAACUUUAAUCGAUGCUGUAAAGUGGUUGUUCACACAAUGUGGUUGUUUAGAUCAACAUUGUCGGAUAAAAUGUAUGGAACUAGUCGUAAAACUUUCUGAACAUGUAGCAGAUUGUGACUCAGCUAAAACAAUAAUAAAUAAUUAUAUCGAUACAUACGGAAUUGAAACGUUUAAUCGUAUAAUUUUAAGUGAAUUGUCAAAAAUAGAAAAUCUACCUGUUAAUGGCAUACUGCCUUUUUUAAGGAGUUUGGAUUGUUACAUUUGGUUAAUAAAAGGCGAUUUAUUGAAUAUACAAUGUUUAUUUGAUAAUUCAAAUUCGCAAAAAGAUGAAAUUUUCAAUUGUGCUAGGAAUUUUAUUCACGUGAUAAAUAGAAUUAAAAUAGAGAAUAAGGAAGAUAAUUUAAUAAUAUUAUCGAAAGAGAUUGAAGAUCUACAAACAUUGCAAUGUAAAACAAUAUUGAAUAUAUUCGAUUUUACACAAAUUUUAUUGAAUUUUGAUGGCAAUUUCAUUCCAGAUUUCUUUUUCAAUAAAGAUUUUUUUGAGUUAAUUGCAAAAUGUAUAAUGUGCCCACAAGUAGUAGGAUUUGAUUUAAAAAAUCUUGAAAUUACAGAAGAACUUUUCGUAAUUAUGGGAAACUUGUUACAAUCUAUAAUGCGUAAAAAUAAUAUUUCUUUGUUACACCUACUUAAAUGUGAAUUAUUGAUAUAUGUGGAGAAACAUAUAUAUGAUUUUGUUGUAUUAGAUAACAUUAUUUAUGGUAAAAAGAAUUUUACUGAACUUAAACAAUAUGUUCGGGGUUUAAACUUUUUGGAUCGUUGUAACAUCCUUAAUCAAUUAGAUAAGAUGAAAGAGUUGAUCAAUCGACAGGAUACAGUUACACGUAUUUUCAAGGCGUUAGUAAGAGAAUCAUUAGGAGAACUUAUUUAUGUAACUAUAAAACCAUCAGGAAAAGAUUAUCUAGAAAUUUUAAUGGAAUUUUCACUUAUUCAUUACGAGUUUUCAAUGACAAGGAUGUUAAUUGAAUUCAUUGAAAAUGAUACAAUGCUUGGAUCAGGUGAUAAAAAAAUUAAACAUGGUGUAUAUUUUUUCAGUACAUUUAAAUGCGAGAUAUUUAGAUACAUAUUAAAGGAUAUAGAAAAAUCUAUCGAAAUACUUAAUGAUUUAUUGCAACGAGAUCCGUCUACUCUUCUAAUGAUAAUGGAGCAAUUAUUUCUGUUUGUACAACGGUAUAAAAAGGAGUUCCCUGAUUGUGUAGAAGUAUUGGUGGAUACAGUUAUUAAAAAAUUCACAAUAUUUGAAAGUGUAAUAAAUAAUUUAGAAGAUAGAAGACAAAAAUUAAUAAAUAUUCUUGGUAUUGCAGUCCAUUUAAAGCACAAACCAAUAGAAGUAUCGUCUUUAAGUAAAGAUUUUUAUAUGUGGAUUCUUAAUCAGCUAAUGGGAAAUUUAGAUAUAGAAUAUAAGAUAUAUAUCCUUCAUAAUUUUCUGGUUUGUUUAACUGAUAUGACUGAUACAAAACCAGAAGUACUUGUUAUUUUACGUAAUUUGAAGAAUAAUAGACUCGAUGUGUGUCCAAAUGAUUUUUCUCAGAAGAAUGUGAAAGCUUUAAAAAUUACCAACUGUUUCCACAAAUUGGUAAUGUUAUUACCAGUCACUAAAUCGGUGAUAGUAUUUGAAACCAUUAUUUUAUUUGCAACUGGUAUUGCUAAAUACCUGUGUAAUGAAACAACUAAUGAAUAUUUACAAAAGUACUUUGAUUCUAUUACCACUGAUUACGCUGUGAAAUCUUUGCAAACAGCAUACAAAUUAUUUAUGAACUUAACAAAUGAAAGGUUUGAUGUGUUACACAGAUUUCUCUUACCAUCAUUUGAAUUUUGCAAAACUACUGAAAUAAAUAAAUUCUUUGAAACAAAUAUUAAAGAAAUAUAUACAGUUAUUUGCCAAAGCUUGGUUAGAGGUACUUCAGACACAGAACAACUUAUGGUAUCAAAAAUAGGAUGUUAUGAUCUUGUUGCAAUUAUGUUUGCAAAAUUACAAAUCUGGGACAUAGAUAAUGCUGAGAGUAUGAUUACUCGAAAUGCUAUUGAUAAUGUGGUUACUGGAAAAGAACUUUUACACAGUUUAUACAGCAAUGCGUUAAAUGUACGUAUGUUAGGGAUGUAUGAGCCUGAGCUUAAAGAAACAACAAGAUUGUUGCAUUGUUCUGCAUAUAAUUGUUCCAUAGCCAUUGUAUCUAAUAUAAAAAAGGAUGAAGAUGCUUAUGCAAGUAUUUUUAUUGAGAACAGGAAAAAGGGGCAAUUGAUUUGGGAGAAUAUUGUAGAUUGCCAAAAGGAAUAUAAUUUUCAACAGACAGUUGCUGAAAAUCCAAAGUAUCGUAAAAGAUUAGUUAAUAUAAGAAAGGAAAUAAAACAAAGACAAGCAUCUAGUCAUUACUCAUAUAUAUAUAGUUAUGAUUUAUCUUCCUGUAGUUUAAUUGAAGAUAUAAAUGCUUACGAUUUUAAUGAAACCACAGUACAAAAUAAACAUGAUAGUACUGAUAAAAAGGAAAGCAUGAGUUUAACAUUUGAAAUUGAUGAAUUAAAUAAUCAUGAAUGUAUGGCUUCCAUUUGUGGAGUUCUGAGUCAUAUGAUAGAAGAAAAAAUAUCUGUACCACCUACUGAUAACAUUAUCACAGUGCCAAAGUGGUUAAAAUGUUUUUUUAGUUCUAUUACAACAACAAAUUAUGAUAAUGUCAGAUUGUUUAUGUUAAAAGUUAUCUUGAAUAUGCAGACUGUGUUUCAGCCUUAUGCAAAAUUUUUCCUUCGGCCAAUAAUGUAUGUAACAUAUUCAUAUUUGAAGAGAAACCAAUUAAAUUAUAUUAUUGUUGAUGUUAUAGAAAUGUUAAUUGAUUGGCAAACUUCUCUUCAAAGAUUAAACGAUUCUACAUUUGAUCAGAAUAAAGAUGAAAUUCAACAGCUAUGGGAGACAUUGAUACAAAAGAUAAUAGUAACGAAAACUGAGAAAAUUUCUAAAUCUAUUUAUAAUUACAACAUGAACAUGGUAAAAACUGUACUCGAAAUAUGGCAUCCUUAUUUGAAGCUACCUAAAAAUUUAAACGAUAAGAUGAGUACUGCACCCGGAGCUACAGUAUAUUUAAUAUUAAUCUGUUUCAUUAAUGGCAUGGGACCAGACAUUAUUCAAAGAAAUGAUAUCUUAGAAUUUCUGGAAAGAUCUUUAAAAAAAUGGCAGGAUGAUGAAGAAACAAUUUUACAAUGUUGUGAAUGCUAUGGUUUAAUCUUGAAAUCUUUGAACGAUGAUAAUACAUUAGCAAACAAAAGGUGCGCUAUAAUUGAUACAAUUCGAAGUAUAUUGAGACAGAUGCAAACGAAAUGCGAGAACAGACAGAUGAAAUGCAUUCGUGCAUUAUGUAAAAAUUACCCGAUUGCGGCAAUGGAUUAUUUUGAUUUUGUUAAAAGAAGUAUAUUUAGAGUAGAUUUUCAAGGCAAAUCAAAUGGUUUAGAAAUAUUUUUAUUAUGCAUACCAAAUUUUACUACAGAUCAAAUAGUGAAGGAGUUAACUUACAUGAAGCUUCAUGAUUUUUUAACAAAUAAAAUUUUACCCUGUGAGAAAAUAACAUUAAAAAUUAUCCAUUCUUUAGUUCAUGUCCUACCUCCUCCAAAUAUACUGUCAUUUAUAACAUUAGUACCACCUUAUACAAAGCAUAAACUUUCUGAAUACAGAAAAAUCGCUUAUGAUAUAUUCAUAAAUAUUUAUAAGAAAUACACAGGUGACAGUUCUGGAAAUAAUGAGAUAAAGGAGUUAAUGCAAAUCAGCAAAGAAAUAUUACUUAAUGGUAUAUUGGAUCCUACUGAAACGUUACAAGAAAUGAUACUAAACUUUUGGACACAAGAUGCAAAAUUAACAAAUACUUGUAAAGAAAGGUUGCUUGAAGCAGUAGAUAUAUAUACUCCCAAUGCUGGUCAAAAUUUCUUACCAUUCAUAUUUUUACUUAUUACAGAUCUUAUAAAGAAAUCAAAUAAUUAUACACAAAAGAUAUUUGAACCUUUACAUGAUUCUGAUUAUAAAGACUACAAAAUAGCUCUCUUAUGGAGGACAAAGAAUUUUAGAUCAAAGGCUCCGCUUUUUGUUCCAUCCUUAGCUAAUCAAAUGAAUCAAACAUUCACUCAAAUGAAUACUACAUUAUCAUAUAUGUCCUCUGAUUCUACAUACACGACAUCGCAUAAUUCACAAUUAAUGCUUCAAGCAACUCAGGAGUUUGAUUUUGAGCCGACUUACGUUAACGAUACACCUAUUGCAGGAGAAGAUAAUACAUCUGAAGCAUCAAAAGUACCACAACCUGCCUACAAUAAAAAGUCGAAACGAUUUUUAAGCAGUGCAAGUGAUAUUUCUGCAGCCAUAAGACAGAAAGAGAUUAAAAGAAAUAUACAGCACGCGGAAAUGAUAAAAGAAGAAGGCGUGCGGCAAAGAAGCAGUGUAAAAUUGUAUAGAAAGUAUAGAAUUGGUGAUUUUCCAGAUAUUGAAAUAUCACAUGCUACACUGAUCGAACCAUUGCAACAGUUAGCAAAGAAUGAUCAGUUGAUUUGUAAAGAUUUAAUAGUUAAUAUUGUUUGCUCAUUAAUUGAAAACUGCAGACAGAGUAGUUUUAUAGAAAAACUUGUAGACAGUAUGGAACAUAUUAUGGAAAAUGAACAAAAUAGUAAUUCCACUAUAACUGCAAUUUUAGAAAUAUUAUUAAAUGCUUCUAUAACAGAUUGUUCACCAGAAAUCAUUACGAAGGCCUCAAGAUCGAAUAGUUUAAACUUUCUUGGAUCACUCGUUUUAGAGGAAAAUUUGAUUCAUGAGACAAAUAUUUAUAGGCCACCUAAAAAGAAAAUACGAUGGGAACAUGUGGAUGACUCAUCCAAUAAAUGGUUGCUUUUAACAAAUCUUUAUAAAUCUAUGAAUGAUGUUGAUACAGUUCUUAGUAUUUUUCAAAAUCAUAUUACAAAUGAAGAUAUGCAAAUCGCAUCAUUUGCCCAAGCAUCUAACAAAUGGGAAAGAGCAAAGCUAGCAUAUGAGAAGGCUUAUGGAACGGAAUCAGAAUUAGUGAAGGAGCAUUGUCUUCAAGGCUUGUUUGAAUGUCUAAGUAAUUUAUGCAGCUGGCAUGAAAUUGACAGACACAUAAAGGGUAAACUUGAUAGAAAUUUAGACAACAUUUGGAAUAAUCCAUGGAAAGAUUGGAUGUUCCCCUGGGUGUUUGCUGUUCAUGUCCGUAAACUGAUAAAUGAAGACAAUACUGAGGAAUUCCAAAAUGAUUUCAAAAUCAUGGAAUCUUGGCUGAAUGACACAACAAAGAUAAAACACAUGAAACGAUUCUUUGGGGAAGAAUGUUCGAUAUUUUUUUUGCAUAAUCAACUAGAAGUUGCUCGUGAAUUUUUACUGAACUCUUCUGAUGAGAUAAGGGAACAAUGGAUCAGACUUCAUCCGCUUUCCACACAAUUAAGAAUUUGCAAGUUACAGAAGUUGCGAAUCAUCAACGAUGUAAAUAAAUUUAUAAAAAUUUUGAAAUCGGCUGAAUCAUCGCGCGAUUUAAACGAGAUAUUAAAAUUCUGGGAUAACAGUAUGCCUUCAUCACUAGACGCUAUACUCCCAUGGGAUAAAUUAACAUCUUAUAGGACUUAUUUUAUUAAUAAAUUACUUGAUGACAAAUUGAAGGAAUGGAAUGAGAGUUUAAUACAGAACGAUUCAGACAGUGAUCCUGAUGAAAACGAAAAUUCGAUUACGUAUAGACUGCGCACUAUUACCUUUGAUAUGAGAUUGAAGAUGGUCGAGGCAUCGAUAAAUCAGAAGAACAAAUACAUAGCAAAAAAUUAUUUACGACAAGUGGAACAAAGUAUAAAAGCUUCGUCAAUCUUUUUCAAUAAAUUUUUAUUAUUUUGUGGAAAGUUGAAAUACCUGAUGGGAGAUAUUGAAACGGACAUGAAAAAAAAGCUAUCAUACUACUCUUCUUCUUGGAAACAUUGUCACGAUCUUUUACGACAAAACUCUAUUGUUGAUACUACGAUUGUUAGUAGUCGGAAGCAAAUCAGUAUGAUAGCAUCGAAGAUCAUAAAGUUUAGUAAGGAAAAUGAAACGUUCGCAGAAUUGUUAAGAGGAAAUACUAUAAUUUUGAAAGAAAUAAACGCUGAGAAUAAUGAGCUAUCUGGCAUUAGAAAUACACUGGAAACUUAUAGCUUUAAUAAUUUGAAAAUGUGCUGUGAUAUGACGACUAAGAAUAUUAAGGAAUGUUAUUUCAGUCUUGCAAGGUAUUGUUAUGACAGACUAUCGCAUGGUACACAUGAUAUUCAGUUAAGUAAAGAAUUUAUUCAUUCUAUACUGAAAGCAAUGAGUUAUGGAUCUCUUGAGGCAGCCCACUAUUUUCCCUGUUUGUUAAAACCUGAAUAUUUCAACGAUCAAGAAACAAAGGAUAUUUUUAUGAAAGAGAUUGAAAGUAUUCAAAUUUGGCUGUUUCUCUCUUGGCAAGCCCAACUAUUUUCCCAUUUAGGAACGUCAAUUGCUCCUUUAAUUAUACCUGUUCUUAAACGAAUUGUUGAGACUUAUCCUAAUGCAGUUAUUUACACAUUUCGUUUGACAAUGGAGACAAACCCGGCUCUCUUAAAUGAAACUAGUACUUAUGAAAUUCGACAAAUCCUUUACAAUAGACCGGAAAUCGAUCGAUUCUUGACAGCGCUGCAUUAUGUAGUCAAACCAGAAUUAUAUUUACGACACUAUUUAAUUGAAUUUAGAAAAAAUUUAUCUCUGGGAACAGCUACGGCUAUAGAUACAUUUUUAAAGAAAGUAUAUCCAAAUCUACGAGAGAACAAACAUGAUCCAAAACCAGGGAACAUCUUCAAUAAGAUUGCAUCUUAUAAAAAUAUGAUAAAGGAGUUAGAAAAUAAAAAAACUGAAGAAAUUAAAUUAUGUGUGGACAGGAUAAUCGAAAAAAUUAAAAUAUCACUUAUUAAAAAAGAUAAUAAAAAUAGAUUGCAAGAUUACAGUCCAUGGUUGUGCAACUUUCCUGAAAGAGAUGUAGAGAUACCUGGUCAAUAUACUGGCAAUAGAAAACCUAUGCCUCAGUAUCAUGCAAAAAUUUUAAAGUUUGAUUCAACUAUAAGAGUUAUGUGGUCAAUGCGCAAACCUAUUCGGAUUACUAUGAUUGGUAAUGAUGCAAAGGACUAUCAUUUUCUGACAAAAUUUGGAGAAGAUCUACGACAAGAUCAAAGAUUACAGCAGUUGUUUACCAUUAUGAACAAGACAUUACAAAUUGAUACAGCUUGUAGACAAAGACAAUUAUCUAUUGAUACCUAUCAGGUGAUUCCCUUGUCUAAAACAGUGGGUCUUAUACAAUGGGUAGAUAACACAAGAUCUUUGCAAGAGUUAAUAAAUUUCACAUUGUCAAAGCAAGAGAUAGAACAAUAUGAUUCUAUAAGUGAACUCUAUCAAAAAUGGAUUCAAAACGUUGCUCCUUCUAAACAACUACAUGAAAAAUACAAGGAAGCAACAGUAAAAUACAACGCCUCAGAAGUGACCACUAAAAUGAACGAAUUUAUUGGUAAAACCGAAUGGAACAGUUUACGCAAAACAUUGACUGUAUUAUGUCCAUCCAUAGAAAGUUUUAUUACAAUGCGCCGAAAUUUUAUUACUUCGUAUGCUACUAUGUGUAUUGCACAUUGGAUCUUAGGCAUUGGUGAUCGGCAUUUGGAAAACACCCUUAUCGUUAUCGAUUCAGGGCGUUGUUUAGGUAUCGACUUUGGGCUAGCCUUUGAUGCUGGCGUUGACCAAAGAAUACCAGAAUUAAUGCCUUUUCGCUUAACACCCCAAAUCCUAGGCUUAUUGAAGCCUUUCACCGAAAAGGAUCUUUUGAAAACGAUAAUGAUACAUACAUUACAAGCAGUGAGAAAUGAACAAGGACCUAUUCUAUCUUGUAUGGACGUUUUCGUUCAUGAACCUUUGAAUUGGACUGAACACGUUAACAAAGCAUUAAGAGAAAGUGAAGAAGAUGUUACAGAUGUCAAAUGGGUACCAAUAAGAAAGAUCGAAGCAGUUAAGAAGAAGUUGAAUGGGAUUAAACCAUCUUUGAUUACACUAGAUCAACUAAAAGAGCAACAUCAUGAUAAAUAUUUCGAUAGAUAUUACGCUAUAGUUACUGGGGAUGAUGACAUCAAACGAACACGAGCAAAAUUGAAUGGCUUUUUAACUCUUGAGGAGCAGAUCGAAUGUUUGCUGGAUCAAGCUACCGAUUUAAAUAUUCUGGGUCGUACGCACGUAGGAUGGAAACCGUGGCUUUAAAAGAACUGAUCUUGCAAUUGCGCAUAUCGUCCUUGCAGUACGCGUUCUCGUUCAGUUUGUCUAUUAACAUCUUCCAUAAGUGCAUUUACUCGUCUUGGUACAGCUGCUUCUUCCUGUGUUUGUAAAAAUUUGAAUGUUGAAAGCUCUAAAUGUGCUUGUUCUAUUUGUUCCCAUAGAUCAUGUAAUUGUUUUGUUAAUACUUGUGCCCUAGUCUGUAAUAAAGAAAAUUAGUGUAUUAA